UAGUAUCUAGGGCCUGUAAAUGUAAGGGGUUUCUAUAGGGACCAGCAGUUAAAUGUGGGGUGUGAAAGGACGUUCCUUUUCUUUUCUUUGUUGCUGAGUAUAUAUAGUAUCUAGGGCCUGUAAAUGUAAGGGGUUUCUAUAGGGACCAGCAGUUAAAUGUGGGGUGUGAAAGGACGUUCCUUUUCUUUUCUUUGUUGCUGAGUAUAUAUAGUAUCUAGGGCCUGUAAAUGUAAGGGGUUUCUAUAGGGACCAGCAGUUAAAUGUGGGGUGUGAAAGGACGUUCCUUUUCUUUUCUUUGUUGCUGAGUAUAUAUAGUAUCUAGGGCCUGUAAAUGUAAGGGGUUUCUAUAGGGACCAGCAGUUAAAUGUGGGGUGUGAAAGGACGUUCCUUUUCUUUUCUUUGUUGCUGAGUAUAUAUAGUAUCUAGGGCCUGUAAAUGUAAGGGGUUUCUAUAGGGACCAGCAGUUAAAUGUGGGGUGUGAAAGGACGUUCCUUUUCUUUUCUUUGUUGCUGAGUAUAUAUAGUAUCUAGGGCCUGUAAAUGUAAGGGGUUUCUAUAGGGACCAGCAGUUAAAUGUGGGGUGUGAAAGGACGUUCCUUUUCUUUUCUUUGUUGCUGAGUAUAUAUAGUAUCUAGGGCCUGUAAAUGUAAGGGGUUUCUCUAGGGACCAGCAGUUAAAUGUGGGGUGUGAGAGGUGGAUUUUUGUUUGUUUGUUUGCUGAGUAUAUAUAAUAUCUAUUGUUUUUAAAUGUAAGCGGUUUCUAUAGGGACCAGCAGUUAAAUGUGGGCUAUGAGGGUUUUUUUUUGUUGUUGUUUGCUGAGUAUAUAUAAUAUCUAUUGUUUUUAAAUGUAAGCGGUUUCUAUAGGGACCAGCAGUUAAAUGUGGGCUAUGAGGGUUUUUUUGUUGUUGUUGUUUGCUUGUUUGUUUGCUGAGUAUAUAUAAUAUCUAUUGUUUUUAAAUGUAAGCGGUUUCUAUAGGGACCAGCAGUUAAAUGUGGGAUGUGAGAGGAGGGGUAUUUUUUUUUCCAGGUCGACAGGAGGGAACAUGCGUCAUCACGUUGCUUAAUACGUCACACGCCCAUCAGAGAGCGCUUGUAUUGCUGCAGUUUAGCACGGAACCGGGAGUCUCAAAAAUGAGCAGUUCAGAGGAAGUUUCGUGGAUUUCUUGGUUUUGUGGUCUACGUGGGAACGAGUUCUUCUGCGAGGUGGAUGAGGAUUACAUCCAGGAUAAAUUCAAUCUCACUGGGCUGAACGAGCAGGUUCCUCAUUACAGACAAGCCCUGGACAUGAUUUUGGAUCUGGAACCGGAUGAGGAGCUGGAAGACAACCCGAAUCAGAGUGACCUGAUCGAACAGGCGGCCGAGAUGCUGUACGGCCUGAUCCACGCGCGCUACAUCCUUACCAACCGUGGCAUUGCUCAGAUGCUGGAGAAAUAUCAGCAGGGGGACUUUGGCUAUUGCCCUCGUGUUUACUGUGAGAACCAGCCUAUGCUGCCUAUCGGGCUGUCCGAUAUCCCAGGCGAGGCCAUGGUCAAGCUCUACUGUCCUAAAUGUAUGGACGUGUACACGCCGAAGUCGUCCCGGCACCACCACACCGAUGGAGCUUAUUUUGGAACCGGGUUCCCCCACAUGCUCUUCAUGGUGCACCCCGAGUACCGGCCAAAGAGGCCUGCCAACCAGUUUGUGCCCAGGCUCUACGGUUUCAAGAUCCACCCGAUGGCGUACCAGCUGCAGCUGCAGGCAGCCUCCAGCUUCAAGAGCCCUGUCAAGGCCAUCCGCUAAAUGGUGGAAAGAAGGGAAGGGAGGGCUGGAGAGACGAGGGAGAGAAUCUGUGUCUGUCUUUACAUCGCCUCGCUCUUCACCAACAGAACCAUUUGUUUUAUCUUAGGUUUGUUUAAGAGAUGUUAUCCAGUACCGAGAGAGUGGGAAUAUAGAACGCGCACACACUUUGGAUAAUCUGUAAACGUUUCCUCUUCACACUCUCUCUCACACACACUCACGCACACACGCACACACGCACGGGGCAAGGGGAUACCGUACCGUGCCGUCAUCUGUGUUUUCCAUGUAAAAAAAACCCCUCCCUUCUUUCAACUUAACGUAUCAACAGGAUUUAUAUAAUUGGUGAAUUGUGACGGUGUGCUCGUGUUCACAAAGGCAGUGCAACUCACCAGUCCUAGUAAAAACACCAAAGUCUCCUCCCUACACACCUCAUGCAUGCGUUUCCUCCUUACACCGCUUCUACGGUAGGCAGAGACUGUUGGAGAAAACAAAACAAAACCGGGCAUCGGAAAGAUUGGUGGUGGUCUGUUUUUGGACACUACCGAGUUUUCCUAUUGGCUUAAUUCCUCAAAAUUCUCAAAAUGGAGCGUGCAAGAUAAAAUCCGGCUAACGCGUGCGCUGCUUUUUCUUUUAUUGUUUUCUUUGGACGAGAUGUUAAUUUUUUGCCGCUUUUACUGAAACCGAAAGCCGACCGUCUCUGCCUCUGUCAGUCCAGAGCGAGCGUGGGCCGACCCCUCAGACGUCGCUUGUCCACUCGUUCCUGCCAGCGUUAUUUAUUCCAUCGUCCACAUUUUGGAAAUGUGUUUUAUUUUCCCUUCCUGUUCUUAACUUUGCAUCUCUGGUUUCAUAAAACGGCAUGUGACUGCAGGAUAAAGAUUAAUUGAAAGCGUCGAUGAAGAUGAUGAUAAUUGUUACUCUAAGUGGUUUGUGGUUUUUGGAUUGUGUUUGUUUUUUUCGGUAUCUUUUGAUUUCUUUUUUUUUUCUUCCUUUAGAGCUGUCAAGGAACCAGGGUUCAGAAUUCAAAAUAAACUUUUUUUUUCCUAUA